AUGACACUCAGUUUCGAGCAGUCACCUUUGUGUUUUGAUGGCAUGGGACCCUUCUUCCUGACAUCAGAGCGCUCAGCCGUGGCCAACGUGGCGUCUCUUUUGGCCCGUAGGUUCUACCAUGUUGGAGGCAGCGUGGCGGUACCACAAAAGUGUCGUUUGGCAUAUAUAGUUGAGCGAUGCAUGAGUGUGAUGCAGUCGGGAACUCAGAUGGUGAAGCUGAAGAACGGUUCUAAAGGUCUGGUCCGGCUUUUCUAUUUGGAUGAACACCGUUCCUGCAUUCGUUGGAGACCAUCUCGCAAGAGUGAGAAAGCCAAGAUCACCAUCGACUCACUCUACAAGGUCACAGAAGGUCGUCAGUCUGACAUUUUCCAUCGCCAUGCAGACGGAAACUUUGAUCCGAGUUGUUGUUUCACUAUUUACCAUGGCAAUCACAUGGAAUCUCUGGACUUGGUUACCUCAAACGCAGAGGAAGCACGGACAUGGGUGACUGGACUGCGAUACCUGAUGGCCGGUAUCAGUGAUGAAGAUUCACUAGCAAAGAGACAGCGCACACAUGACCAGUGGAUGAAGCAGACCUUCGAGGAGGCUGAUAAGAAUGGAGAUGGUCUUCUGAACAUUGAAGAGAUCUAUCAGCUUUUACACAAGUUGAAUGUCAACUUGCCUCGCAGGAAAGUCAAACAGAUGUUCCAGGAAGCAGACACUGAUGACCAGCAGGGCACACUGACGUUUGAGGAGUUCACUGUCUUCUAUAAGAUGAUGUCGUUGAGGCGAGACCUCUAUCUACUGCUCAUGUGCUUCAGUGAGAAGAAGGAUCACCUGACGGCAGAGGAGCUUGGCAACUUUCUGCGUGUGGAGCAAAAGAUGUCCAAUGUGACCCCUGAGUACUGUAUGGACAUAAUCAAUAAGUUUGAAGUCUCUGAGGAGAACAAGCAGAAUGGAGUUCUUGGAAUCGAAGGGUUCACCAACUACAUGCGGAGUCCAGUUUGUGAUGUGUUCAACCCUCAGCACAACGAGGUCAAUCAAGACAUGGAUCAACCUCUGUGUAACUAUUUCAUAGCCUCUUCCCACAACACCUACCUGACUGGAGAUCAGCUGCUGUCCCACUCUAAGACAGACAUGUAUGCUUGGGUCCUGCAGGCCGGCUGCCGCUGUGUGGAGGUGGACUGUUGGGAUGGUCCAGACGGGGAGCCUAUGGUUCAACAUGGCUACACCCUAACUUCCAAGAUCACCUUUAAAUCUGUCAUUGAGACCAUCAACAAAUACGCCUUUGUAAACAAUGAGUUCCCAGUGAUCCUGUCCAUAGAGAAUCACUGCAGCAUUCAGCAGCAGAAGAAGAUAGCUCAGCACCUGAAAGAGAUCUUCGGAGACAAGCUGGAUGUGGGGGAGGCCCUGAACAAAGACCCCAAGCAGCUUCCCAGUCCGAACUCCCUGAAGGGCAAGAUACUUAUAAAGGGGAAGCGUCUUCCUCCGUACUUGUCUGCAGAUGCGGAAGAGGGUGAGGUGUCUGACGACGACAGUGCUGAUGAGAUUGAAGAUGAUUUCAAGCUGAAGAAUAGCAUGUCCAAUGGGCCCAGUCAGCACCAGGUGGAGUCCCACAUCAGGAAGAAACUAGACUCACUGAUGAAGGAAUCACAGAUCGGGGACAAAGAGGACACGGACAGUUUCUCUAUCCGAGCGCUGCUCCGUGCCACCCAUGAGGGCCUCCAAAGAAACCUGCGCAAGAAUUCCAAAGAUGGCAUGAAGAAAUCCCACAGCCGCUCCUUCAUUAGCAACCUCAAGCACAAGAGGCAUUCGAAAUCAAGGCUGAAAUGUCAGAGUGUUGAAACAGAUGAUGAUGGCCAGCAAGAACCAUCAUGUGGACAGUUUAACAGAGGUGGAAGGAGAAGAAAAACGAUAAAGCUGAGUAGAGAUCUAUCAGAUCUGGUGGUUCUCACCAACUCUGUGGUUUCUCAGGAGUGUUUAGAUGAGGGAUCGCCCUAUAAUGUUCUGUCGUUUAGUGAGACACGAGCUCAGCACCUGGUGCACCAUCGAUCUGAGCGCUUCUUGACUUUCAACCAGCAGCAGCUCUCUCGGAUCUAUCCUUCUGCCUACCGGAUCGACUCCAGUAACUUUAACCCACAGACGUACUGGAAUGUGGGUUGCCAGCUAGUGGCUUUAAACUACCAGACUGAUGGCCGCAUGAUGCAGCUGAACAGAGCCAAGUUCAUGGUGAAUGGAGGCAGUGGCUAUGUGCUCAAACCUGGGACAAUGAGUAAAGGCUCCUUCAACCCACUUAAUGAUGAUCCGCUCCCUGCAAAUCCGAAGAAACAGUUGGUGAUAAAAAUCAUUAGUGGGCAGCAGCUGCCCAAACCUCCCGAUUCAAUGCUGGGCGACCGUGGUGAAAUCAUUGAUCCCUUCGUUGAGGUGGAAAUUAUUGGUCUUCCGGUGGAUUGCUGUAAAGAACAAACCAGGGUUGUGGAUGACAAUGGAUUUAACCCUGUGUGGGAAGAGACUCUGUCUUUCACACUUCACAUGCCUGAGGUGGCUCUAGUGCGCUUCCUGGUUUGGGAUCAUGACCCCAUUGGACGAGACUUUGUGGGCCAGAGAACGGUAGCCUUCAGCAGCCUCAUGCCAGGAUAUAGACACGUUUAUUUGGAAGGAAUGACAGAGGCAUCCAUUUUUGUCCAUAUCACAGUGCAUGACAUCUAUGGGAAGUGGAGUCCUUUAGUCCUCAACCCAAGCUAUACCAUAAUGCACUUGCUAGGAGCUAAUAAGGGUCGUCAGCUGCGAGGAUUCAGAGGCUUAUUUAACAAAAGUUCCAAGUCUUCAGUGGACACACAUAAUGGAGUUCCACCUCGUAAACGAUCCAUAACUGACCACCUCCUUCGGAGGACUGCCAGUGCCCCAGCUAAGGGCCGCAAAAAGACCAAGAUGCCACUGGCUGAAGCUACAAGUGACAGAAAGCACAGCACUGGGGACUCUCAAACCGCCUAUGUAGAGAGGAGAGCGGGGAACAGAAAAGCCCUCCAACACCGUCCAGUAUCCAUGCCCCUGGAUAAGCUCCUACAUAGUCACCUCAGCCUGUCUACCCCAGAUCGGGAGGGCCCUGAUCCUGGAGCUGACACAAUCAUUGAUUCCUUCCUCAAUGAGAAACCCAGAUCUAUCUCAGUGGAUCUCCUCUUUGAAACUUCUGCUUUCAAAGAAUGUGAUGUCCAGGCCCUUUCAGCUGACCACAUUCAAGACUGUAACAUUGAGCCCAAAGAUACUAAAGAAACUCCUUACCUGGUCAUUGAAGGCAGUAUGGAAAGUCUGAGUGAUCCUCAACAAGAACUCUCAAGAGGUGGUCUCACCCAGACUGAAGCUAAUAAAUUAUGUUCUUCCAAAGGGCCAGCAGAUCAGUGUAAUGGUGGCAGUAGCUUACGGAGUGAAGGAAGUUAUACAGAAUUAAGCCAGUUGGAAGCCCCUAAAAAGAACAUUUUAACACCCAAGGCAGCCACGUAUUCCUCGACUUCCUCUUCUUCCUCAUCUUCAGGAACCAAAUCGCACCCUCCUAGAAUGACUCUGCCGGACCAGAAGAGUCAAGUGUCCCUCCAGGACAGUGCUCUCUCUCGCCUUAUUGACACUGUCUCGCUAGAGAAUGAGUAUGACACCUGUGGGUCCAUAUCUGCUCUGAUUGGCCAAUUUGACCUCACUGCUGAGCAGAGCACCCUAAUUCCAUUCAACUCACAACCUCUGAAAUAUUCUCUUCCUCCAUCUGACCUUCCUCGUCUCAACAAUGAGCUUUCCAGCACUCCGCUAAAAGUUAUUCAAAAAUCUGUAUGCGCAUCCUCAGAGCUAAUUGAGAGACCUUCUAGUCCUGAAACGACUGAACCUGCAGUCUUUACCAUCUUGGAUGAGGAGGUGCUUUCCCCUGUAUCUACAAACAGCCUUUGUCAAAACAACUUGGUUGGUUCUCCUGAGGUCAGCCAGGGAUCCUCACCCAUCAAGAUGCCUUUAGAAUGGUCAGCACAUGGAAGUCUAAAGCAAAGCUACAGCAGCCAAUGCCGUUCCACUGGUUCCUUCAGAAACUUCGGAGGAUACAGAGAAACCUCAAUCAAUAGCACAGCUUCAGACCGCUUCUUGAUGUGCCAAGACUCUGCAAGCAGCAGUCUGAUGGAGGUGGAGAUCAAUGUAGAUGGGGAUUCCUUAGACAACACACUAACCCCUUUGAAUCCUUUUCAUGAUUUCCAAAAUGUUCAUAGCUUAAACCAGACCUCCCCCUUUCAUAUACAAAGACUUGAACCAACCCAUCUCCACAAAUCCUCAUACAGUCCCUCUCCUGUUCACUCAUACUCCACAGACACAUCACCCUUUCACAGACACUACCGAUCUCCACACCAAAGUCUGAACUCUGGCACCUACCUUACUGACAAAUCCCAGCCAAGGAAGUUUAACUGUUACAAUGACUCUGGGAGAUUUACACUUGGUGACAACAGAAUAGAUUCCACAGAGGGAAGGCACCAGGAAACGAGACAGCAGAAUGGCUUGGUCAACAAGGCAGAGCCUUUACACAAAAGCGCUUUGUCCUCAGAAUGUCUUGCAAGAAUUCAAGGCUGUCGUAAUUUGUUAAAGAGGGACUUAUACACACCUGUAUCAGACUAUAACAUGAUUUCAGUUGAAUCGCAAGACUCUUAUUCCCAGCCAUCUCAGCACAAUCAGGCCUUUCCUGUACCUCAGAUAUACAAUGGACUCUCUCCAGCUUCUUCCAAAUCCAAGAGCCUGGGAGAUCUAACCUCUGAGGACAUUUCGUGUAACUUUCAGAGCAAGUACAAGUCAAUCAGCCGAAGUUUUGUCACUCCUGCAAUGAAAGACCAAAGACGGAUGUGUGGGUUGUCCGGUCGUCCGAAGUCCACUGAUCCCUUAACUGAGCAGCUCCGCAAGCUUGUAACAUUGGAACAUGAAGACUAUACGCGUCCCCUCCCCUCAUGUUCUCAACCCAUCCCAAAACCUCUUUCAGUGCUCCCUAUGGUUUCUCAGAGCUCUGCCGAGGAUCCUGAAGAUCCUCCUCCAUUUCUGUCGCGCCGACUAUCGUCCCGCAGUCAAAGUCGCGUACGUCAUAUAGCCAAUCGUGCACGUGAGAGACAGCAGGAGGCCUUCAAACACCGGCCGGUUGAGGGUGCCAUGGAAGUAGUACUCCGCAAUAAGCCAGUCUCCUCCCAAAAUCCUCCACCGAACAGGCAUUCUACAGGGUCUUAUAUUGCUGGUUACCUGGACCAGCUGAGUCCUGAGGCCCGAGGCUUGCCUGAAGGAGCCUGUACCUCACUUCGAUAUGGAUACGGAGAUCGCUACUAUAAUGACGAUUCUGUACUCCCUCCUGACUCAUCGGAACCUGAGGUCUUCUUCCUCCUUAGGCUCUGACCUUGCAUCUCACCUGCUGUUUUUGACUGUGCAUGUAUUUCCUAGUAACAGUUGCAACUACAUGUAGCAGGACACUUCCAGAACUGUGUACAUACAGUAUAGCAUAGAACACGGUCUCCUACAUGUGCUACUCCUGCUGUAUUAAACUAAUUAUUUUAUAUAAAUGUGGUCCCUGUCAUGCUUGAAAAAAAUAUUGUUCAAAAUGUGUGUUGUCUCAAGAAAAAAAUAAUAAUAAUAACAGUAAAUAAUUGAAUUGGAUAUUUCUUGCAGACAUUUUUGUUGUUGUCAGCUAUCUGUUCUUUUUUAAACUAUGUAGUACAACAAAGUCAUAAAGGGGCUUCUCUUUUUAUUCAGUCUUCCUACAUAUUCCGUUAUUUGUAUGUCUGUGUAGUUUGUACAUAUGUUGGCAAAUUGAUCCUCAGUCAAAGCACUAUUGGUUACCAUCUGAAUUUUAACUACUGUGAUGUUUUUUUCUUUAGCAUGUGAACGGUGAACAUUUUCAGCAUGACUAUGCACAGACCUGUAGAUGCUGUGCUCUGAUUUUGCACAGAAUGAUUCUGUUGUAUUGAAUGCAAUACAGCACAUUUACCUGCUUGCUCUGACUUGCUUGCUUUCUAUUAGUCAUGAAUUUAAAGAAGUUUGAAAUUCUUCUUCAUAUUCUAAAGCUGUAUGGUUAAAGUUUUAUUUUUAUAAUUGCUUUGAUACAGAGAGCAAAAAUAACAUUUGUUAGACUUAAUAUUUAGUUUCCUUUUUAAAGAGACAAAAAACAAAGCUUUUUUUUUCAACUCUUCUGUGCUUAAAGGCAUUCAGUCCGUUGUUCUUUUUAUUGUUGCUCAUCCAAGAUGAGUGUAAGCAUUUUCCUACCAAUGCAAUAAAAUUAUGAA